UUGUAUUUAUUUCAUUUAUUAAUUUUUUGGUAAAGCUAAAUAAUCUUUAGGUUUGUUAUUAUUCGGCUGAAACUCAUACCGAUCCAUGAACCGUGUAGCCCAGAAAUGUACUGUAUAGACUAUAGGGCAUGUCGUGCGAAGUAAGGCACCCGCGGUAGCAGCACCUGUGAGUCACCACCUGCGUGGUCGCCUCCUCCGUCAGUGCCAAGACGCCUCAGGAGCGCCACUGCCUGCUCGCCUCAGUCGACCAUGAGUCACCGCGCUUGUGAUACCCGAGCUGCUCCUGGACCUCUUGUGUCUGUCCUGAGUGUGUUGUUGAUGGCAGCUCUUGUGUCGCUACGUCCUGUGCUUCAUGUGGUGACGGUGUUACAAUUGUACUGUCGCCUAUUGUAGUCUAUGUGUGUGAAUCAUCUUGUUUCAUGAAUAUUCAAACGGAAAUAUGAUUGAUGGCGUUAAAAAAGUGGACAUGCAUGGGACUAGAGACUGAUUGAGACCAUCUUCCUUCGUACCAAAACUACCAAUUGAUUAAGCCGCAGAGAAUUUGGACCUACCAUGAGGUCAAUAAUAUGAACUCAUGGCCUUACUGGACUGACACACGAUCUUGUGCGAAGAAUACCCAAAUCGACCAAGAAGGUAGCUCACGACCGAACAAUUCUUGGUGGUACGGCAAUCUUUCUGCUCCAGCAUCUUCUGUUCAGCCUGCUUACCAUCCAGCUGUUGGUAGCUACUCAGGACGAGCAGUACAUGGCCAUCACCACGACGCUAGGUACCAGCCUUACCAACGUUCUCAUUACGACCAUCAAUCCUACGUAGCUGGGUCGCAACAAACCAGCUGGUACGAGACCCCUGCUCACCUUUUAGAAUACCCUUCUGGCGUUACCUUUGCCCAACAACAAGAGCCCCAGCAACAAGCUUACCAAGCUCUGUACCAGCCGUGGCCGCCUCACUACAGGGCCUCGCAUGCCGCUCAGCCUCCAGCGCCGCCCUACAAUCAUGCUGCUAUCCAGGCUCAGCAGUUGAGCACGGUGGACGGCGUACAGAGCGGCGUGCCGACACUCACGACGCCCACCCUGACCCCCACAACCCUACGCAACAUCCAACAAACGUUCCUGCAGGCGUCUGCCAACGUCGACACACAGCCUCCUGAGACGCACUCCAAUCAAGCGGGCUUCGUACCUCCUGUUGUUCACCCGCAGCCUGGUAGCACAUUCAUCUCGGUGCACAACAGCAAGAGUCUGGGUGGCGGCAUCGCGACUGUCGUGGACACGUCCAGUUCUCGUAACGACUUUAAAGAGACCUCGACUUGUGGCCCUCCUCCCUUACUGCCCAUCACUGGCAUCCUGAGUGUUAGCGCUGCCAGCAGUACCAACAGUAACGCCUGCUCCAUGCCUAGCGUCGCUGCCCUCAACGUCAGCAGCAGUGCCAGUAGCAACAGUUCUGACUCUGGCAACGAGCAGCCGCCACAACACUCGUCCAACAGGAGGAUGGGAGGACGUCGGCCCAACAACACUGCCAAGUUGUCUGAAGAAGAGGAGCAGAAGCGACUAGUCCGUCGUGAGCGCAACAAGAUGGCGGCGGCGCGAUGUCGCAAGCGUCGCCUCGACCAGACGAUGACGCUACAGGAAGAGACCGACCGUCUUGAGGAAAAGAAAUCUUCCCUGCAGAUCGAGAUUGAGCAGCUGCAGACCCAGCGUGACGAGCUGCAGUUCCUACUAGCGACGCACAAGCCUGUCUGCACGCGAUCGUCUCGUCUCAACAACAACGUCAACGUUGUCGUCACGUCGGCUGGACGUGUGCUGGCCUCGUCAGUGGCGUCUACUCGACCCGCGGUCGUGACGUGCAGCGCCCCUAACGCAGCACAUCUACCUGGAGCGCUCGUCUCAGAUUCGGACUCGGAGAUUUGUGUUAAGGAAGAAACCCUUAGCGACUCUGAAGAGCAGUACACCAACUCAUUGUUUAACUCAAUCAUUCCUCGAGGCAAAGCCAGUGUGCCUGUCACUCAUACUGAUGUUCCUACAACGAAAUUUUCCGACGAGAUGGUCGUGUCUAAGCCACACCGACCCACCAGCCUUGCCGUGGCACCGCUCACCGAGCUUGGCGUGUCUAUCGAGACACCGUCCGCUGGCUUACGAGGUUUCAAUUUCGACUCAAUGAUGGAAGGAGGCACGGGGCUCACUCCUGUGACGCCGCUUACAGUGAGCAGCCUGGCCACCGGUCUCACGCCUCUCACCACGCCUAUUAUGCCCCACCCUUCCGCCUCAUCCAGCUUGGGCUCCUCUAAAAACACAACUCAAUUCGCAACGCAACAGCAACCUUCCAGUUCCUCGGAGCUCGCUUCCCCAGACUCGCUCACAGCCAAGCAGCUGGUGUCUCUGUAACCCAAACUAUUUACCCCGAUGAUGCAAGCAUUAAGAUUAACUGUCUACCUGCAAAUCAGGCGCCUGUUGCACCAUCUGCCAUGUGUGCUAAAAGUUGUCUUUCGCCAUUUGAUGGUUAUUCGUCAGCCUUGAUGUCGCUUACUACAGCAGCCUUACCGCAUGCCAGUUUUUUUAUAAACAUUGUCAUAACAAAUUUAUUUAGAUGUGCGGAAUGAGAUCGUAUUCAUCUACGUAAGGCUGGACCAAGCGUUAAUAUUUCGAAAGUUUGCUUCGUUUGUGACAAGUAUUAGCAAUGUGGUAGCACCAAAGAGCAUAGUAGACUUAGCCAGUAUAUUCACGAAUGUGCUUUGUAUCUAAUUAGCUGCUUACCGCAGUACUUGCUUCGCUUGUUUCGUCUAAGUUCUAUUGAAUUUAUAGCAGUUGACUCGUAGCGAUCAUGCGCGAACUAAAACAAAGCAUAUAAUUUAGUUACCACUAUCCUUGGUACCAAGGAUAGUGGUGUCUAAAUAGGAGCAUUUCGGUUUUCCGAGAUGCAGGAUUCCGCAACGCACAGUGCUGUUGCACUGGCGAGAGUAAACAUUAUAUUGUAAAAAUUGUUACUAGCACUUCUUGCGUAGGAUGUCUAUGCCUUUACUAUUUACUAACUGCUUGUGUCUUUCUUCACUAGCACUUGUAAAAUUGUUAUGAAUUUCUUGAGUGAUUGUGCUACAGCCUUUGUUAUGUUAUUUGUUGA